AUGGCGAUCCGCCUCUGGAACGAGAUCGACCGCCUCCCCGUGAAGCCCCCAGUCACGCUCGGCGUCAUGGCGCUCUCCUCCGCGCUGCACUUUGGCAUCCUCGGCGACCGAACCUUCAGCGCAUCGGACGCGUGCCUGAACCCGCGCGCGGUGAUCGAACUCGGGGAGUGGCACCGCCUCGUCACCGCGCCGCUCUUCUACGCGGACGAGAUGCACCUGGUGUACAACCUCAGCUCGAUGCUGUGGAAGGGUGUCCAGCUCGAGACGCGCAUGGGCAGCGAGGCGUUCGCGAAGCUCCUCGUCUUCCUCCUCGUCAGCGUCAACGCCGCCGCGUGCGCGGUCGCGUGGGUCACGCGCGCGCAUUUCGCGUCGGUCGAGGAGGCGUACUACCGCUCGUGCGUGACCGGCAGCGCGGGGGUGCUGUUCGCGCUGAAGAGCGUGAUAUUCUCGGGGGAGGAC